AUGGCUGCUCUUGCUGUGGAUCCGGCGCCGCCGCCUGUUGUGGUGGUGUUGGAUGAUGAUGAAGAAGUUCCAUGGAAGUAUGUCUACCAUGAGGAGAAUCCGAUGGCACUUGCUUUUGAGGUUUUUGGAGCUUCUGCUUCUGGGAAGCCAAUUGUCACGACGGCCAUGAAUCUGUACGUCCUCGGUGCUCCGUUGAACAUGAUAGAACAUCUGUGGAGCGCGGCAAAGCAGCAUCCGGCUUUUUUCGAUAACGCUUCCAACUUCAACUUCGGAAAACUGCGAGGCACGGCCUCUGAUCUUGUUGCUGAAUGCUCCAGCAAGUGCAACAGCCUGAACGGUGACCACUACUACCUGCGUUCGACUUUGGCGCGCAGUAGGGCGCUCGAAGGUCUGUCUUUUCUCAAUCGUAGCGAACAAGGAAAAGAGGAACUCGGUAGGGAUCAGAUGUCCCUCAAUCUGCUGCUUCGAAUUUUCCCGAUCCGCGUGCAGAAUGUGACGAAGAGUCGCCGAACAUCAGGAGUUCGUGAUCCGGAGGGUCUUGCGAAUAUCUUAAUCUUCGCAACGAUGUUGCUCGACGUUUUUGAUGAUGCUCGUGUUGCAGCCAAUCUUGCCCGGGAUGUGUUGACUGAUGUGGGGGCUACAAAUAGCCGCGCUAUCGAGGAUCGUAUCAACGCAGGCGAAGUGGCCAUGUUUCCGGGUACUACCUUCAAUCGCGAAGUCUCUUUGAGUGAGAUUAAUCUGGAGCAGAAGAUCUCUCAGCAUCUUUUAGACCUUGGGCUAGGGUUUCUCUGAAAACUCAAAGUCUUUGGUGGAUAAGGGUGCAACUUGCUCGCUGAGUCUUCUCAGACUAAUCUCCUCUGGUUUAUCUCUACUGUAGUGCUCUAUUAACUAAGAAGUCUUCUUAGUCUCUUUGAAGAAAGUAGUGGAGGUUCCUACCUGCUAGAAUAUUCCAAAAUAAUUUAGAUUUUUUAGAAAAUUUAGACUUUUUGUAUUUGAACCUCAUAAAAUCAAAACUUUAUGCUCAUAUGCGUACGUAUGCGUGCGUAUGCAUAUGUAUGGAUAGGUAAGGUUGAAUACUCUUCCUUAUUUAUAGUUGCGUGCUCUUGUGACAUAUUGAGCGAAAUACCCUGUAGCUCUUCUAGGAUAAUUUUGAGCACUCAUAUUGCGUAAGAUAUCGCACGGAAGUGACGAGCUGCAGUCUGCGUAUGCUCAUCUAUGCGCAUAUAUGGGCGACCACCCGCUGCGCGUUUGAUCUCUUAUCUAACAAUCUACUUCUAUUUCUCUAAAGUUUUUACUAGUUCAUAAAAUUUAGAUUAUUUAGAACUCUCAACUUUUAAGAACACUCCAGAUUUUCACACGAUCGGAGCUUGUACCGCAAAGAAGUAUCUGGCGUUAGUGAUACAACAUGGGUCGGAGGUCUUAUUAGAUAAGACCGCGCGGCUUUUGCGGAGAUGUUACGCGAAGACUAUUUCAACGGAGGCAACACAACUUGGAGCAGGUGCAAUGUUACAUUUUGAUCCUUAUCGCAGAUUGAGAAUCAAGCAUGAGACUUCGCGGAGGCAUAGCCACAGCUUCAUGAUCUUUCAUACACUCGAGGAAGUUCUUCUCUGACAUAUUUGAGAUAACAAGCUUCAUCAAGAACUUCCAUAACCUCACCCUCUACGCCAGGUUGGGCGCGCAAGCGAGCGGAAGUAAGCGCUCGAGGCGUGGAGAUCAUUCAUGAUCCUGCAUCGGCGCCGGUGGGGCAUCCUUUAGGGAGUUUCGCGAGCAAGAUUGCGACUCUGCGAACCAGAGACGAGCUCGACUCGAAUACUCAGCGUGCGAAAAUCCAUCUAGUCUGGGGCCACAUCAUCUCCCUAUUAACUCUAAAAGUUCGCGACCGGCGCCUGGUAGAACAGCUGAAGAAGAAGCCGACUGGGCUGAAAGGCGACGGGGUAACGAUAAAGGGUCGCAAGUAUGAGUGCUGCCGUGUGCGAGGCGACUUCUAUCAUGAAGGGAUCUAUCAGACGCUCACUCUGCCUCCGUUCUUGGUGCCCCAGUUUAGCGACAAGGAUAUGGAUGAAGUAUUGCAGUCGGAGGUUCGUCUUCGUCGAGACAAGAAGUCGAAGGAUGACUUCGUGCUGAAUUGUGAGCAGGCUGCUGUGUGUGAGCGGGUUUCGGCGUUAAUUUCACCUGUGCCGCUUAUUUUUCAGCGACCGGCGCACAUCACCGGCGAUCGCGGAAGUACACAGCGCGGAUUUUAUCAGUGGGCGACGCUCGAGGCGUGCCUUCCCGUCUUCUACAACCUUGACGUACAUCACAUCUCUUCGAACGAUAUCAAGCAUCUGGCUCAGCUAAUCCUUCCGCGGGAUUUUCACCGAUUCCCGAAAAUCAGAAGCACUGCCGGUGGGUCGCAAUCUGUGAAACUCGCUGACUAUCUGAAUCGCUUCCACCAGCUUCCUGAUAGCGACGUGAUGGAUUUGACUGCAGAAGUGCAGGCAGACCUCUUGCACGUUUUAGGAUACACUCCGGACCAGACUGAAUAUGCCGCGCGUGCGAAGGAUCACGCGUAUACACUAGUGCCGAAGAUUUCGACUAUGUGUCAGCAGAAGCGGUUCGCAAAGGACGCAUUUUGUGCAGAUUUUGUGGGAGAAUACUGGGAGUUGUUGCUAGUAGCUGUAGUAGCAUGCUUGCGAAAGAGGAACUCGCGGCUCUUCAAUGUUCCUCUGAAGGAGGUGUUGACGAGGCCGAAUGGAGGCGACCACGUCACCGCUUCCUUCCCGGUGUCGCAGAUGAACCUCAUGUACAUGCGACUUGAUGAAGAGGACGCCGCUGAUGCGCAGGAGGAGAUGGGUGCUUUGAGCUAAAUACUUCAUAGGCUUAGAAACGUAAACUAAUUUUUUACUUGCUUUCUCUGUUAUGAAGUAUCCUAGUAUCUUCAAGUCGCAAGCGUCUUUGUGUCACUUUGUUGCAGUUUUCGUCGGUGUUUGUCAUCGUCUCUCCUUCUAUUUUCACUGAGGGAGGAGCUUUUUGUGGAAAUUAUUUUCGUAGGAAAAAUGGAACCAAGUCAAGCGUCACUUUCUUGGGAUCGUAACUACCCCGCCACUUUUCCAGAUAUGUACGUGCAAGAUGCUGACCGGAGUGACGAACUGGCACAGGAGAAAGAAGACGAUGCUGAGAGAAACGCAGCUACCCGCGCCCGGAUCGGCUUGAAACAGAACAAAUCUUUGGAAAAUGUCGCAAAGGAUGGCAGCUUUUUAGCUGGGUCGAAGCACCGCGUCCGGGCGGCGCAGCGCGCUACAACCGCGACUCACCGUGGGGCGUCAGAUGACAGAGAGUCUGUGCGCGCAGUCGCGCGGCCAAGCGAGAUGGUAAUCGAUCAGGCCCUCUUGUGCGUGAUGUGCCGGCUUUUGAGCGAGCCGUUUUCCAAGCUUUCCGUACUGGUUUUUCGCCAUUGCAUACGGCCGAAUGUCUGGCUUCACACUCUCGGGAUCACGAUGUGUUGGCGAAAUUUUUGCGCGCGGAAGGGUUUUUUUGCGGAGCAUUAUUGUUGCUUGUGCGAGCAGGGGCACCUUUUGCAUGACAAGGUUCCUCGAAGAAUCUUGCAGGUCGAGUGUGACUAUUUUCCCGGCACCGAGGUCGUAGCGGAAUUGAUGGGGACCUUCGUCGAAGAGGUAAGUGCUGACGCUGUUUCUUCUUGUGGUGCGCCGGCUUGUCUUAACUUCAUCUUCGACGAAAGUUGGCGCUGUUAUGAGCAGGCUAUUCUCCAGAGAAAAAGCAAGACUUUAGUGAUUCUCACAGAAGACCUCUACUGAUUCUCACCUUGAUGCUACUCCCCUCGAGAAUUUCUGGCUCUUGAUGAUAUACCCAUACUCUUUCUUUUACCUACACAACCUCAGCAACUCGCGACCAGCUUGAGGACUGGCAGAGUGGCAAUGUCGUUGUGGUAUCGGCCUCUCAUGUACGCUGAGGAUGGCGUUUGGAAUUGCACGCUUAGCGAACUACGGGAGCAAGCAAAGCUGAAGAACCUCGGCCCUAGCGUUGAUUGGAUCCUCUCCGAACCUCUACACUUCGUCUCGAGUGAGGAGCACAAUCUAGUGCUGUACGGGAAGCAGCGUUUUCGGUAUGCGCACAACAUUUUACCUCAGACCAGCCUUCAUCUGGCGGGUCCUCAUCCAGCUGAACUACCUCGUCCGGAUGUAGCAGAGAUGCCGUCUGGCAUGUUUACGAGUAUGAACACGCAGCCCGUCGUCUCUAUCGUCGAGUUUGAAGAUACCCUCGCGCAACGCAUCAAAGAAGCUCGCCUACAAAUAUCGCAGCAGGCGCGUGACGUUGUUUUCUACCUCAUGAAGAUCUACAACUCACACAUCGUGCGGGAAAUGCGUGAGAAGCUGGACGCGGGAAAAUCGAAGGAGUUCGUGGAGACCAUGACGGCGUGGCAAGCUGUCAACCCUCUGGGAGACAGAGACACUGAGGCAAAGUUUGCCGACCUUUCCCGCGCCGCAAAGAAUGCGAAUAACAGCGGAUACCUCAAAGGGGUACUAUAUUACGCUUAUAUCUUUGCGGUAUAUAUUUCCUCUGAAGCUCUUUGAGUGUCUCACUCUUUAAGCGAUGACUAUUGGUAGGGCUUGUCUCUUCGUGGAUUGGGCGUAGAGUGCGUGGCCAUCGAUGGCUCUGAGUAGGCUAGUCUCUGUCUUGUGUCUAUUCUUAGCAGAUUCAUAACAAUGGAGUCCUUGAAUUUUUUGGAGUCAUGUUCCUCAGCUAGAGCGUGAGCUUGUUAAAAUUGUCACCAUAACACGACCUGAACUCUCACCGCAGCAGCACUUUCCGUGGCAUGUCGCGGAGAGCCUCGCUCCGACGUGGUUGCCAUUUCUAUCGCCGGAGAUGAGCGCUAAAAAGCCUCGAAACGUCGGCACCUCUCAGUCUUUUAGCGUUCUAGAUGGACGCGAACCGGCCGCCAGGUACGGCUGCGCGAAUUACGAGGAGCUGAAGCAGAAGAUUUGGCCAGAAGGGUUAGACUUCGAGAUCAAUACCAUCGGACUACACGCGAUGAGUAGCGUUUUUUGCUGGUGGGAGCUGUAUGGCAUCAAAGACAUUCCUGCAGAGGAGAAUCCAGUGGAGCACUUGAAAAACUGGCUGAAGAAACACCCAAAGCCGAAGCUAGAAGAAGUCCGCGAGGAAAUCCAAAGAACCUGCGCAGUGCAAGGGACAGACCACACGCUUACCCUCGAGCAGAAGAAGAGCCUGGCGAGCUUCGUCUGCAAUAUCCAGAACGUUCCGUCCAUUUUGGUGGCUGAGUUCAUCAUCUAUGAACAAAUCGAAUUUCUCAAGCAGGACACAGUUGAUGCGCAGUUAUUGUGGCAAGGUGGCGAACUUGUUUGCAUUUGGUUGCUCGGCAUUCAUCAACAGUUCCGAAAGAUGAAGCGGCCUCUCAUCGUUCGCACCUGUGGACACGGUAAGCUGAGCGCUUUUCUGGUAGUGGAGGUAUUAGUGAAGCUGCGGGUUCUCGUCUGCAUUGAGCUGGAUUUCAUCGAGUUCGUCGUGGAACGAAUCAAGAGCGUCAAGGAGACCUCCAUUGAUGUGGACGAGGAUGAAGGAGAAAUUGACGAGGACGCAAUGGACAUUUGUGAGGAUGGUCCAAAAGAUAAGCCUGCUGAAGCGAAAGAACGAAGUCGAGCCCUCUCUGGUAUUUAUAUCUUUGCAGUCUUACUCUUGUGAUUUACUUGCCUGACAGUACAGACCCCACUACUUUCAUCAUACACGCCGCACCUCGCGCAGCAUACUAAGCACAAAGCUUCAAACGUGACGACCGUAUACCUCACCGCCCAACACUUUACAGCCCGUCCGCUGGGCAAAGGAAUUGACGCACCAGUUCCAGGAAUUGACGUGCCGAUGGAAGAGGCCCGCUUCUUCACAGUUCCGUCUGGUCGUGACUGCUACCGGUUUCCAUUCCCGAUCAAAAGUGGACGCGCGCAGGAGUCAAAGCUGAAGGGCUUGUUGGUUUUAAGCGACAAGAUCAUCCACCCGUCCGGGCCAAAUUUCGGCAGUCUGGAAAUUGUGUACGAUGCGCGGUGGGUGACGGGGCCAGCGGACUGUGUUUGCGUUGAUCAACGGGACGCGCAUAACUGUCAGCCAGUUGCGCUUGCAGAGCGAUUUGGGUUUUUCGAUGAACAGAACAAGUUUGCAGACGGGCAUCGUUCGAAUAGAAAGAAACAGUACAUCGACUGCUGUUACUUGGUUGCGCGGGAGUUCCCAGUGCUCGUCAAUCUUCUUCGUGGUAGAAGCUGGAAGGUGACGCGGGACCAUCUAAUACACGAGCCAAUAGUUGUGGAUGAGGAUGCACCAGCAGAAGUCAGAAAUGAGGCACAGAACGGCGACCAGGCAUCAGCGAACAAUCUGCACCCGGCUGCGGGGCUCCUUGGAGGUGCUACGUCGAGUAGCAGUAACCAGCACCCCGAUCUGUUUGAGGAACGACUGCUACCCCGUGAAGGUGAGGCUGUGCAGAUGAGUAAAACGUCUCGGGAGCAGGCUGAGGCGGUGCCUGCGCAAACAUCUAGUAGUUCCACAGGCAAGGGCAUUCCCGUGCAAGAGCCCCCGCUCAUUCUGAGUGAGGACCUGGACGACGUGUUUGAGGACGAGAUGGAAGCAGACUUGUUUGGUUUCGUUACUGAGAACACGCCUGCACAUGAUGCCGCUGUAGAUGCUGCGGCGGAUCCUCUUCAGCCCGGUUUGGAGGACGAGCCGAUGCCACAGGCCGCUGAGCCGGCGCUGGUUCCUGAGCUAUCUAGUGCUGAGACUGAAGUGAAGCUAUUUGAGUCGUAUGCCGAGCUCUUCCCGAAGCUUCAGCUGACUUUGAGGCAAUGGGUGGAAGUUUGGUUUAUAAUGCGCAGAGGCAUCGCGGAAGCGGAGGGUUAUUUGCUGAAGAAAGACUUUUUCGAGAAGAAACAGGUGAAAGUUGGCGACGAAGUGCAAGAAAUGCCAGUAUCGACGCUCGAGACGACAGCGGCCAGAGCAGUGCUGCUGUUGAAAGAAGCAGAUGCAACGCGAAGGCGCGCGGCUGCAGUGGUGAGAAACCUGCAGGAAGGCAACCUGACGCAGACAAGAGGCGCUGCGCAAAUGCAACCACAACCAAAAGCAAACCGCUUUGGGAAGCUAGUCGAUAAAGUUGCAGAUGGUGGAGCAAGUGCUUUGGCUACGAGCGUGGGAGCAGUGCGGGAAAUCGGCGGCAGAAGGCAGCAGCGGCAGCAGGGACUGGCGUCUAUCUUCUUUUCGCUCUGUUGUAGUUCAGUAUGUGGCUCACAUCGUUGUGAAUCUAAAAGAGUCUGCUGUGCCAUUCUUUAG